AUGAGUGUAUUUCGGGAUUCGUGGUUGGGCGGAGACAAUGGGAGUGGGAGGGAGUAUGUACCCAUGGCUAUGACGGGUAGAGAAGGGAGGUUACAGUCAUAUUAUCGUUUUGUCGCUGCACGUUUCCUUCCAUCCUUAUUGAUUCUAGUACUAGGCAUAUUAAUCGGUAUAAAUCAUCCCCUAUACCUAUCUAUCUACUCCCGUAGACCCCUCGACUCAUUCUCGCUUUUACCUUCCUCCCUGCCUCCCUCUCCCCCUGCUAUUUCCACUACUUUACUUGGAGAGUUACCUCAACCUCUGGAAGAUAUACCGAAUCUCGUUCAUUACGUAUAUGGUCUAGCCCCCCUCGCCGAGGGAGAAGAGGGAGAGGAAUUCCCUUAUUUCGCUUAUCUAGCGAUACGCUCGGCGAUGGUAAAUUUGAAACCAGAUUUCAUCUGGUUUCAUUGUAUACAUGAACCGAGGGGUUAUUGGUGGGAUAAGAUAAAGUACUAUGAAGGACAUGUAGAUCCUAUAACUAGCGAGAGGAAAGGUACAGUGUGGGUGAAGAAGGCAAGGGAUGUUGAGUGGAUAGGGAAAGAUAAAAGACCAGUUACCCAUUUCGCUCAUAAAGCUGAUAUCAUACGGCUGGAAGUUCUCCGCGAUUACGGUGGGAUAUACCUCGACAUUGACACUUUCGUCCUUCGUUCUUUCUCGGCUUACAACCUUCUCCGUCAAGAUGUCGUAUUGGGCAUGGAGGCUCAUGGAUUAACUUUCCUAAGAGGACCAGGAGGCGAUGAUGAGAUGCAACCUAAAGGAUUGUGCAACGCUGUGAUUAUUGCAAGGCAAGGUGCGGAGUUUCUGAAUAGGUGGUUGAGCAGUUAUGAAGGGUUUAGAGGUGAUAGGUGGACGGAACAUUCUGUGGAAAUGCCAUGGACAUUAGCCAAGAUGUACCCUACACUUCUGACGAUAUUAUCUGAACGAGCGUUCUUCUGGCCUUUAUGGACGGAUGAUCAUAUACAUGCUGUGUAUGAGACGAUAGAAUAUGAUUUUGAACAGUCUGGUCAACUUGCUUAUCACGCAUGGGAAUCCAAAGCUCGACCUUUUCUUUCAGUUUUGGACCCCACGACCAUCCAUCAGAUAGAUACGUCCUUCACUAGGAUGGCUAGAAGGUUUGUCGAAAAUGAUGAAGAGAGACGAUGGAAGGCCCAUCAGGAGAAUGAAGAUCAUAAGGUAGAUAAGGAUAAGGGUAUAGUCGAAUGGGAUGAUUCGAUAGGUGUUAGGAGAGGUAGUAAGAAUAGUUGGUCUCAGUCUUGA